AUGACCGCCGCUUGCCAUUUUACCAGACAACGGCUGGAACACUUCGUGUACCUAUAUUACUUGUACCUCUACUUCCUGUACCGCUACCUCCUGUACCUCUACCUCCUGUACCUCUACUUCCCGUACCUCUACUUCCUGUACCGCUACCUCCUGUACCGCUACCUCCUGUACCUCUACCUCCUGUACCUCUACUUCCCGUACCUCUACUUCCGUACCUCUACUUCCCGUACCGCUACUACUUGUACCUCUACUUCCUGUACCGCUACCUCCUGUACCUCUACCUCCUGUACCUCUACCUCCUGUACCUCUACUUCCCGUACCUCUACUUCCGUACCUCUACUUCCCGUACCGCUACUUCCUGUACCUCUACCUCCCGUACCUCUACUUCAUGUACCUCUACUUCCUGUACUGCUACUUCCUGUACCACUACUUCCUGUACCUCUACUACUUGUACCUCUACUACUUGUACCUCUACUUCCUGUACCUCUACCUCUACCUCCUGUACCUCUUCUACUUGUCUUUUCUGUCAUUCUUUUCUUUUUUUCUCUUCAUCUUCUUUCCUUCAUGAGUACCGAUAGGUAGAAGCACCGAAUAUAUUUCCAUCUUAUUGUGAACACCUCUCAAUCACAUUCAGUAGAAAGAACGUGUGUCUGGCUCAGAGAGUGCAGUAGUGAGCAGUCUCCCUGCCUGCUGUGUUGAGGUACAGAGAGUGCCAGCUUUCUAAGGCUACUGUGGUGUUGAGGGACUGUGUGGGCGUUCACUCUCUCGCUCUCUGCAGUGAGUAAACUCUCCUUUUGAAAUGCAGUGGGUAGGUAGGCACAGAGCAAAUUUCUAUCUCUAUCUUUCACACACACACACACACACACACAAAUGUGUGCGCACACACGAUCACUCUCAUUCUCUCUAUAUGGUCUGUCUUGUGGUAAAGGAUAGAAAUAUUGUCUUUCUCAUUUCUCUAGACAGAGAGAGAGAGAGAGAGAGAAGGAGGGAGGGAGGGAGGGAGGGAGGGAGGGAGGGAGAGAAGGAGGGAGGAAGAGGGAGGGAGGGAGAGAAGGAGGGAGGGAGGAAGAGAGAGGGAGGGAGGGGGAGAGCGGGAGGGAGAGAGAGCGAGGGAGAGAGCGAGGGAGAGGUGGAGAGAGAGGGAGAGAAGUAAGGAAGGAAGGAAGGAAGGAGAGAGAGGGGGAGCAAGAGCAGACAGACAGAAGUCACAUCACAGACAGGCAUUAUUGCUGAAAGCAAGCAUAUUGGGCUGAGGCGAUGCUUCCCCUCCCUUCCGUUCCCCUUAAGCGGUGCAGUACAGCAGUAAACAUUGAUCCUCUACUGAAAAGCUCUAUUCCCAUUGGGCGUCCUGCUCCAUCUCCCCUCCUGAUCCCAGAUCUGCUGACUGGACCUGGGGCACCAGGCGUCCAAUUUGCCUGACACACCUAGGCUCUAAGGAGCUUGGACUCAAACAAGCCGUGCAAGCAAAGCUCAGUUUCAUGGAGGCUACAGCUCUGACUUUUUUGACGUAGAGUUCCAUACUGAAAUUCUCCCAGAGGAAACGAUAUGAUUAGGUUUGUCACCAUGCUGGCUUGGCGCCGUUCUCCUGAUAUGUGUUGCAGCUAUUCUUGAUUUUAUUUGUGUAUUGUGUUAGCUUUUAAAGGAAUAAAAAACAUGCCUCAAGCUUUAACAAAGAUAAUCAUAAAUUCCAACACUCCAACGAGGGACAAAAUCCAAAUCCAGUGAGAGACAAAACACCAUAGUGGGCUGCAGUGGCGGCUCCUGAACAAAUUCUCAGGGAGGGCAAUUUUUCUGAUGAUUUAGGUGACCUACACACAUUUUUAAAAAGAUAUGUCCAGCAACAACAUGAAGACAGGGGCAGCAUAUAAGUCAAUACCAGAAGCAUUUAUUGACUGAUCUCAAAAGUGUUGGCUUACAAAAGCAAAAUAAGUUAUCACAGUAAAAAUAAUCAAGGGUGUUCUUUCACAUUCCUCAACACUGCAUAAACAAUAUGCAUUUCCAUAAACAAAUGAAAUAUCAGCUGAAAAUACAGCAUCUUGGUAUUUGUUCAGAUUGCAGGAUCAACAAGAGCUUUUACCACAUUUUUUGAUAUCUGUUUAAUCUUACCUUAUGGCCUGCACUUGCUUGUGAAGCUGUCGAGGGCACGUUUGAUAGAGACAGCAUCGAUGUCCUUCUUCUGUAGCUUCUGGUACAGAAUGUCGACGUGGGGCAUGAUUUUGUGAAAAAGCCGCAGGAAAAAAAUUAAAUCUUCAUCAUGUAGUAUCCUCACGUAGCCAGCUGCCUCUCUCAAGGUGUGCUGGUCAAAUGAACCCAAUGAACCCGUCCGGAUGGCUUCAAAACAUUAUAUGAGGUCGUCUCGAUUCUCGUAGACAGUGUUCACGACUCUGCUGUUGCUAACCUCAUCGUUGUGGCGGCGGACAGCUAGCCUGUAUCCCUCAUCCAGUUGAGUGGCAAUAUUCACUCUCCCAAAAGCAGACAAUCUCAAACAGCUAUAUGUGGGUCUUUGACAGCUAAUUUUUCUUAAUCUUUUCUGAAAGAUGGUGCAUGUCGGUUACACCAGUCGCUGUCCAAGCGGUGCUGUCUGCUGUGCCGCCUUCAGGGUGGAAGAGUAAGCAGGGGUAGCAAAAAACUGCAUUAGCUACAUCGCAGCCUGCUAGCCAGGUUUUCCGUUCAUACCAAUUUUUGGAAAAUCCUCGGGUGUAGGACUUCCCCCCUUUAGUAGACAGCUGUUGAAUUAUUAAAUUUGGUCUGGGAGGUCCUAAUUGUUUCGUUGCCAAUUUAUCUUCAUUUGUUCGCCGACAAAAAGGAACUUCUUUCAAAGACACAAUCGAGUUGGACUGAAGCCUAGCCAUUUUGAUAGUAGUAGUGAAUUGAUUGAGGCUGCUACCUGGUCUUUUCUUAGUUACGUUCAUUCGUGGUUACGUUAUGUAUGACGAAAGCGCGUAAGUGCAAGCCCACAGACACCCAUAGAGAAUGUAUUGAAAGCUUUGAAAUGUGACAAAAAUAGAUUUUACAUGGGAGUCUAUGACAGACUUCUGGGCGAUUUUCAACCUGACUGAAAUCGCCCAAAAAACGGGCGGGGCCAUUUGAAGCACGACUUUAGCCUGAUUUGACAUUUAGUGGCUGGCAGAUCAGACGUGAACACUGAUAACUGCUGUUGCCGUGAUAUAAUUUUUUAUAAAUUUAUAAAAAAAAAAUAUUUUUUUUUAUUUAAUUUUUUUUUAAAUAAUUGAUUAGAAAAAAAAUCCCUUCCUUUUCCCGUUUGGCAGUGCGUCGCCCAUAUCGCCCUAUUGAACAAGCCGUCCCUGGUGGGCUGAGAGUUCUGAAUACAUAACCAUCAUAACCGCCACGUCACUAGGAAAUCCGUUGUCCAAACAUAAUCCUGUGUACAUAUUUUACAUAUGUUUUAGCGCUCAACAUUCACUUGAAGAGGCAUAUCAAUGGGGUUGUUGUUUUAAAAUAAGCUGGUUGCAACUAUCCCGUAGCCCCAAACUGCCUACUAGCAGUUCUCAAAUCCACCCUAAGCUGAGAGUAAAUCUCCAGGCCCACUUCCUCACCAUGAAGACUGACUGAAAGGCCGAAAGGCAAGCAGUGGUUUGUUCGAUAGACACACCAAUUUGACACCAAAUUAGUUUUUUUUAGAGUUACUUUUUUUUAGGGGAAUUGCUAUCUCUGUCAGCUUCCUGAACUCUGAAGGAUUCGGAAGGACAGUGUCCUGAAAUAAUUUGUGAGAUGGGAAAGAAUGUUCUUUCUCUUUCACUGGGUUUUCUCACCUUGAACGAUGGUAUCAUGGUAUCACUUGUCAUUGUGUUAAAGGUCACGAUGACAGUUAUUUUUCAUAAUACCUGUCCCCUGGUUGUCUAUUUGACCCCAUGACCCUGUCUUGGGUUGUCAUGAAGAUGGAUGACAUGUCACUGUGCAUCAACUCAUUGGUGACCUGAAACCUGACAACCUCGGGCCUUUUGUGAUGUCAUAACAAGAAUAUUGACAAGUGAUGACAAGCUUUAUUUUUUGUCAUACAGUGAAAAUGCCCAAUUUGUUACUGGCUGUGUAGGCUGUAGAUUAGUUGUGGUUACACAAGCACAACAUUGUGGAUGCAAUUAGUAUUCAUUACCAACUUCUUAUCAUUUGUAUCCUGCGGCCUCAUGCAAUUCACUUCCCUAAAUCUUAAUUAUUUUAUGAGAGAAGUCAAAACAAGGUUCUAUGGAUUACUUUUUUAAUUUUUUUUAUGACUGUUCCGUCUCCCCUCGCUGCCUCUUACGUAAUAGUCAAACAAACUCCCUAGUAGCCUACAUAGAAAUAGAAUGGAAUAAGGGGAAAAUUAAGAGAUGGUUUUUAUGAAAUGUCGUAAAAUGGGAGUGAAAGAGAUGGUUUGAUCAGGAGAGACGGAGGUGAGAUAUUUAUUGGAAGUGUUUCUAUGACCUUUGACCCACACAGUGCCUCUAUAAGCCCCCUGGGUGGCAGUGGUGAUGUCAUGGUUGGCACAGUGUGGGCAUCCCAGGCCUCUAGGAGACGAUUGCCAGAGCGCCAAUCCCGUACUGUUGCCCUUUUCUGGCUGUCUGUCGUCAGUCAGUCAGUCAGUCAGUCUGUCUGGCUGUCAGUCUCGCUGUCUGUUUGUCUGGCUGUAUGUUAGUCGGUCUCUGACUGUCUUGACAUUCUUGACUGUCUGUUGUCUGUCUGUCUGGCUGUCUCUGACUGUAUAGUUAUGUAUCUCUCCACUCUCUUUACUGUCUGCCUGUCUGUCUGUCUCUGACUGUAUAGUUAUGUAUCUCUCCACUCUCUUUACUGUCUGCCUGUCUGUCUGUCUCUGACUGUAUAGUUAUGUAUCUCUCCACUCUCCCUCCCGCCCGCCCGCCCGUCCGCCCGUCUGUCCGUCCGUCCGUCCGUCCUUCCGUCCGUCCGUCCGUCCGUCCUCUUUACUGCCUGUCUGCCUGUCCUAACUAUCUCUCCAUCCUUAUACUCUCUCUUGGUUUCAUUAUUUUACUGCUGUGCCCUCUAUCUCUCCUUGUCUCUCUGUUUUGAUACUGAUGAAGGUAAAUACACUUAGUUUGAUCCUUUCAUUUGUUGUAUAUUAUUAUAGCAUAUCCUUCCUCACUGGUCAGAGAUGAUUGGCAUGUGAGAGCAGUAUGACGCCAGCCCAGCCUAUAUGGUAUAUCCAACUAUUAGCUUCCUGGAGUUUAUUCUGUCUUAUCCGUGCAGUAAGGUAAGGAGCCUUACAUGCCAACUAAACCGGGCACGCGCGUGAGUCCUGUGUGCACAAUCGCGCGCAUGUUGAUUUUGCCCAUCCACACCAGACGCAAUCAGGACACGGAGGUUGAAAUAAUAAAACAACGAAACUCUGAACCAACUAUAUUAAUUUGGGGACAGGUCGAAACACAUGAAACAUUCAUGGACAUUUAAGAUAGCUAGCUAGCUUGCUGUUGCUAGGUAAUUUGUCCUGGGAUAUAAACAUUGGGUUGUUAUUUUACCUGAAAUAAGUCAUUUUUUCUGGAUUUUUGUAGAAUUUGUACCGAUUUUGAGUCACACAAAAUCGUGUGUUCUCUGCUCCGACAAUUAAUCCACAGAUAACAGGGGAAACCUAGUUAGUUUCUAGUAAUCUCUCCUCCUUCAGUCUUCUUCUUCUGUGGACUUUAUAUGGCAGUUGGCAACCAACUUUAAGGUGCAUUACCACCACCAACUGGACUGGAGUGUGGACCUCAGUUCAUCUUUCAAUCACCCACGUGGGUAUAUGCUCCUAAAAGCCAAUGAGGAGAUGGGAGAGGCGGGACUUGCAGCGCGUCACGCGUCAAAAAUAGAACCAAGUUCUAUUUUAGCGCCUGGCUACGCAGACGCUCGUGAGCAGUUUGGAUGAAAUGAUUGAAUAACAUGUAUGUGUACAUUUAUUUUGCAACGCUCGUGCAUUAGAAACACUAAUUUUCCGUUGUCCAUUCGCGUGCCCUUAUGAACACGCCCACUACCCAGUUAAGGGUCUGAGAUUGGGACAGAUUAGGACAGUUUGGGACAGAUUUGGAUAGCUUGGAACUCGAAAGCCCAGCUGUGAUUAACGUAGAGAGGGUUUCACUGGCUUAGCAGCAGAAACAUCCAGCGCUGCCAAAUCACAGGAUUACGGCCAGGAACUGGGACAUAUACUUCCUGUUCGGCUUUAAGGUGCAAGGUGGCGAGCCAAUCGACACCCAAGAAAUGGUUGGCUGGUGUUAGGAUCGUGCUUGUUUAGGAGAAACAGUGGAUGGCUGUCUGUACCUUACUCUAAGUCCUUGAUAGACUGUCAGUCACAGCUGCCUUAGCAAGGUCAUAGGAGAUGCUAAAAUAUAUCUUAUUUAUUUUCAGGACAAGAUGUCCCAAAAGUUAAAAGCCAAAGGUUUUUAAGUUCAGGAGAGUGCAACAUUACCUUCAGUAACAUUUAGAUGUAACGUAGAGAUGUGUUUUGUGGAACCGACAUGUUUCUCAAUCAUGUUGAGUAAAUAUUUGGGUCAGCUUUAUGCAAUAGAUUUAUAUGGUCUGUCUAUAUGGUCUUUCCACUGAAUAAGGGUGUAUAGAGACAUUUGAGGUGAUAAAGCUAGAAUCCUUAAUUUUUCAAGGCGAACUCGUGCUCCUAAAUAGAAAUUCCAGGUCGCACAGCAAAAUAUUUAGGCGCAUAUGCAAGUAAAAUGUCCGCCCUCUAGAGCCCUGUUAGCUUUGUGCAGAUAUUAUACAUCAGUGGUUCAGCAUCUGAUAAGGAAGCCUACAUGAAAGUGGACUUUCACUUGAAAUGUAAUACUUGGUGGUCUGUGAAGGUUGCGUAAUGACCUUUUGGCUAUUGCCUUGUCUUGCUGACUUAUAGUAAAGAUAAUGGUCCUUUGUCCUCAGAAGGGAAUUAAGUCACAUUAGCGAAAUUAGAUUAGUGGCGCUAACCCUGUUUUGAUGUGCCUCUUUACCUUUGGUUACCGCGAUGGACGGCUUUCGAUAAGAUGGCCCGGCAGGCAUCAAGUUAAAAUUAUCUUCUUACUUUUCCCUGUUGGGUGCCGGUGUUGCGUAAAAGCCCACCUUGUCACCUUGUCUCAACGAGUUAAGAGUGACUGGAGUAAACAAGAGAUGACAUCAUCAGGUCACCGUUGUCAGGUGUAGCUCUCAGAGCUUUAUCUAAACGCCUCGUGGGGUGCCAUGAUGGCCCGAUACAAGCCAAUCAGUCUCUCAUCCAUACCCUACUCACACUACUGAGCCGAACCAGGCCCAAGCCCAGCUGUAUUUGGCACGGUAGUGUGAAAAGGGUACCAGAGAGUUUGAAUAUAUGCAGGCUUAUGAAGUCUCGUCUAAAGAGAAUGCAUCAGAUCUCUAUCAGGUACCAGAUCUAUGCAGGUUUGUAUAUUUUUCUGUGUUUGGAUAGAGGAUCUUAGCCCAAACACAGGCUACUGCAUGAGACUGUAUCUGUAUCUGUAUCUAAUGCUCUUGAUAAGAGUAGGUACAUAUCUAACCAUUAUGUAGUUAUGGGGGAUCUGUAGGUACAUAUCUAACCAUUAUGUAGUUAUGGGGGAUCUGUAGGUACAUAUCUAACCAUUAUGUAGUUAUGGGGGAUCUGUAGGUACAUAUCUAACUAGUAUCUAGUAACGGAGAAAUGCAAAACUGACCCUAGAUCAACUGUGUCCUACGCCGUACCUCACAUUCUGACAACUCUGUGCAACGUGUUUUAUCAUUACGAGAAGCACGUCGGAUGCCGAGCAUCUAACAUUGAUUCAACAUCGUCUCAGGUCUAGCUCAGCUGCAGCUGGUACAGCUGGCUACACUGAGACAGAGUUAGAUGCUGCCUCUGAAGACCAAAAGCCAGACAAUUUUAGAUGCCUUCUUUUUAAAUUCCUUGAACAUCCUCACAGUCCCUGACUGUGCUAAAUGUGGAGCAGGCUAUGUGGAGCAGGCUAUGUGGAGCAGUGCAGCGGCUGAGCCGUGGUCGAGCUGCUUUUAAACAGAGUGCUCUCAUUUCCAGAGUUCAGAUGCAGGUAUUUAUAUCAAGCAGGUCAGCUGAGGUAAAGGAGGACCGAGGAGAGUAACAGCGAGUUCUGUCUGAAAAACAACCUUCUGUCCUCCGGGUCCUGGAGUGCUGUAUGGAGAGCCAAGUCAAGUCGAGUCUGGAGAUAAGAGUUUAGUUCCUCCUUAGGUUCUUAAGUCAAUCGCUGACCAAGCGGACGUGAUCCAACGUCAACAGUGUUGCUUUAGUAUCUGCUCUUGUUUCACUGGAUUCCCAUUCAAGUUCUUGUGAAUGUGAGUGUCUGUGGGUGGUUUGGGUCUUUGAGAUUAUGUGUGGGUGAGUUCAUAUGGGAUUUUAUUAUGUGUAUCAUCAAGAAGUCAGUACCACCCUUGUACAGAGAAGUGAGGACACAAGUUAAUGAUAUGGUAAUGUCCUCCUCUGUGAUCCUCUUUGAUCAUGGGGAAACAAGCCUAUUGCUGAAUGUGUGAUGGAGGCUGCUUUCAGAUGUUAACAGCUUCUGAAUACUUUUUUUUGUACAUGUCAGGAAAUGACGCAGAAGUGAGGUGAUAGAAAAUCCUUUGCUGAAAUUAGAGCAGUCUGAGGAUAUUGAGCAGGAAACUCAACCACCAAAUGCAUUUGUUCAGCCUUAGCCUCUUUUUAAGACUGGAGUUUCGACAUGCCUUUGGUGGGAUGUGAGUUACCGUGAAGUGGGAUGCUUUCGCUGUUUCUGGGAUGCUAGUUAAAAGAAAAGCCAGAGUGAUGAAUAGAGGAGGGGAACUUGGCUGAACAUCCUGCUCUUCAAAAGGACUGUUUAAACAAAAUGGCAAAGCUGGGAAACAGAGCUGUCUGACGUGUACUGAUGAUUAAGUUUGACGUGUUUAUAUUACUAAACAUGACUUAAUCAUGGUGGACUACAUCACUGAGUGUAGUCUUUGUAUAUACUCUCCUUUUUUUAUUUAUUUUUAAGUUUAUGAAUAAUUUACACUGAUGUCUGUACAUUUAACUCCAAAUAUAUUUACUUAAUGUACCAUUGACAUUCUACUCUGCACCGUUGUACAGUAUUAGCAUUGCUGCUACUUACGGUGUGGUCUCCUUCACAGUCCUGUUGAAUGUUAUAUAACGAACUAAACCUUCCUUCUUAACUUCCUGCUGUUUUAGCAAACUUUUUCUUUCGGAAUAUACUGUAGGACCAGAGAGUUACGUAACCAACUUUGUUACCACUAGAUGCUUUCUGGCUGAGAAGUGAGAGCAAUGGUAGCCUGUUUGACGGGCUUGAUUCAAUCCGUAGCGCAGAAGAUCAGGGGUGUAGCGCGAUUGACAUUCAAAGGCAAUGUUUCCGCGUUCGCUGAGACUGCAAUCACGGUAAAUGCUGCAUAUGUCAAUUCAAUUGAAAAAAUUACCUUUACAUUUCAACUGCGCUACAACUACAGCUGGGAAUUGUCAGGGACCUCACGAUACCAUAGGUGCCGAUACGAUAUGCAUUGAGAUUUGAUGUUCCAAACAUAUUGCUCACCAUAUGUCUGCUGCAGAGAGACAAGAGAGAGACAUGAGAAAACACAUUUUGAUCAGUCAUGGAAAUAAAAAAGUGAUGAAAGCAUGUUAGUUUACAAUUAUUAUUAUUUUUUUAUGGAGAACAAGCUAUAGGAUGAAAAAUACUGGAGUUUUAGCGCAGAUACAGCCGACUAGCACUAGCUAACGCUACCUACUUUAAUUGUUUUUUUACAAACCGAUACUUGGAGUCAAAUAUCGAUAUAAUAUCAUCCCAAAAAUUAUAUUGCAAUGUAUAACUAUCUAUUUUCUCCGCAUCGCUAGCUACAACACAGAUCUUCUGCGCUACGGAUUGAAUCGAGCCUUAAGUCUCUCCCGUAGGGUAUUAUUCCCCCUGUCUACCUACUGCGCAGUAUAGACUAUUCUAGAAAGUCGUUGAUAACUUUUCUCUAAUGCUACUUGCUGCAAACUCAUUUCAGUAAGGAUAGGAUUACUGGAGUUUUCCUAUUAUAAUUCUGAGUGUGGAUUUGCAGGCAUGUCUUUGGGCUGGUUUACUUCAGAAAAUGUGGGGGUGGAAUUGAGCUUCUCGGUUCAUUAGCAUGAGCUGGUUCCUCAGAGAUUACCACAAAUUCUAGUUCCACUUUAACCCUUCAGAUACCAAUAUUGACCCAUUAGAUACCAGUUCUGAUGUGCUUCAAUUCAACAACCCCAUUUUAGAGUUGGUGUGAGACAGGGACACACAUCAUUACCAUUUUAGAGUUGGUAACUGGUGAGGGAUGUGCACGUGAUACCACUCCACUGAACUGGUAUGGGAUACCCAUUUACAGUCAGUAGGGAUGCUAAUUACCGUACUCUUAGUCUUAACAACAUCAGGGAGUUAUUAGGCUGGUCCCAGAUCUGUUUGUGCUGUAAAGCUCCUGUGGUCAUGGUGAUGCAUGACAAUGAUCCUAGGAGAUAAUGACCACAGGAGAUAUACGACACAAAUAGAUCUGGGGCCAGCCUAAUGAGUUCUACUGUUGUUGUUUCUCUUACAUUGGCAGACUGACCAGCCCUUGACUGACACAGACUCUCUUUGUUCAUUGAGUAUAACACUGUACCAGUUUGCGACGUCAGAGAGGGGUCAUCCUUAAGGGACAAGCAAGCUGACGCAAUCUCCUCUGUUUGACCUGAGAGAGCACAUCAGGAGGGUGAAGGGACAUGCUGACGUCUCUCCUCUUAUUCUUAUCUCUCUAGGUCUGAUAUAUAUCAUCUUUGCUCACGUAUUCUACUAGGCCCAUGUUUUGUAUAUUCCCCAACGUCCCAAUUGUAUCAUUGUUACAGACUAUUCUGUACUCCCUUACCGCUUCUGGAAGACAUCAAAACAAAGUGAUGGAGCACCAUGCGGUGACAUUUCUACCCCACAGUCUGUGGGCAGCUAGGCUGAAGUGGGCCAACACUCAUCAACCGCUCUUCCAGUAGGCUCUGAUGAACAGGGGUUCUCUCAUGGUAGCUCGCUGCGCAUCUAUAGUUGGCCUAUGCAGUACAACUUACAGUAGCUGUCCCUCUCGCAGUGUGCCUGGUCCCAGAUCUGUUUAUGUUUUCUAACCAGCUCCUACGGUUAUUGACAUGACAGAACAAACAGAUCAGGGACCAGACUAACAGUUUGCUGAUUCCUGCAGCUAAUAGCAGCACUUGGUCAGUUCUGUAGCAGUGGCCAGGUCACCUGAAGCCCCAGGUCCAAUCUCCUUUCCUCUCUCACAGACUAAUGCUGCAUUGCAUCUCACAGAAAUAAAACACAAGAGGCCAAGUCAGGGUAACGAUGAGAGAUUUGGUCAAUUUCCAAGGCAACGGCAACCAAAUGAGCCGUGUCCUGUGGUCGGAGUGCUUUUGUUCCGAAAUGCCUCUGAAUUGUUACCACGACGUCCAGAAAUGUUAAUAUUCCUUUUUUUAUUUCAUGCCUGUGCUGGUCGGUUUCCACUCUCCAAGUUCUAUUAGCGUUCAGUAGUAAUUACUACUAAUAAGAGGGGACAGAACACCUGGCUCAAGAAUGUCUGUUCAUCAGUGGUGUAAUGAUAUAGCCAGCAUCCUCAUCUAAGAGUAACAAAGCUUACUUUAUCAUUGACAAUGAAAGCUCAUUAUCAUCUCAACCAUUCAGAAGAGGUUUCACUUGGUUUUGUAUCAGCCAAUUAUUCUGUUCCUCAUGGGUCAACUGACUGACUGACCCCAACCAAUCACAGCAUCGCCCUGAUGAUCACUUAAUUUACACGUCUAUUUUUAUUAAUUUGUUUACAUCAAUAUGCAUAAUACCUGUGACGUGGGGGGGUAGCUAUUCAAAUGCACAUUUUCUAUUUUGGAAAUGGAUCGAAAGUAUCCAUCUUGAUUUUGGAUCAAAAGAAUCCAUCCUGAUUUUGGAUCAAAAGAAUCCAUCCUGAUUUUGGAUCAAAAGUAUCCAUUCUGAUUUUGGAUCAAAAGUACCCAUCUUGAUUUUGGAUCAAAAGUACCCAUCUUGAUUUUGGAUCAAAAGAAUCCAUCUUGAUUUUGGAUCAAAAGAAUCCAUCUUGAUUUUGGAUCAAAAGUAUCCAUCCUGAUUUUGGAUCAAAAGUAUCCAUCCUGAUUUUGGAUCAAAAGUAUCCAUCCUGAUUUUGGAUCAAAAGUAUCCAUCCUGAUUUUGGAUCAAAAGAAUCCAUCUUGAUUUUGGAUCAAAAGUAUCCAUCCUGAUUUUGGAUCAAAAGUAUCCAUCCUGAUUUUGGAUCAAAAUAAUCCAUCCUGAUUUUGGAUCAAAAGUAUCCAUCUUGAUUUUGGAUCAAAAGUAUCCACCGUCUGUCAUAUCAGGUUGUCCUUCUCACCACCUAAGCCUGUUGGCCUACAUUUUAUCCCCUAAUGUAGGGAUCUAUUCAAUCCGUAGCGCUGAAGAUCCGCUUUGUAGCGCGAUUGUCAAUUAAAGGCAACGUUCCCGCGGUCGCGGAGGCUGCAUUCACGGUAAACGCUGCAUAUGUCGGCUCAAUAGGAAAUUCCCUUUACAUUUUACCUCUGAUCUUCCGCGAUACGGCUUGAAUCCAGGCCUUCAUCUUUUACCCUGACUCACCUCAGUCUAUAAUCCAGUAAUCACUACCUUGCAGGUGGCCGGCAACAUGAAGCCGACACUCUGUAGAGGUCUUUCACAGCAAACGGAUUACAGUGCAUAUACCAAAAUGUCGCAGCCUGGAAAACUCAGGGGAUGUAUAGGAAUCCUUAUUAGUCUGCAUUGGUCCUUAAAACAAAAGGGAAUGAAAUGCUUAUCAUCACACUUUUGAACUUAAUGGGUAGAAAUGCUGACAUAAUUAUAUCCAAUCGGCACAGGGACAUUCAGCAUCAUAUAUACUGAGUAGCCUUGUAUUCUGUAUUAUAUUUGCCCUCUUUGUCGGUGACUUCACACCCAAUUAUGUCAGUUCUCUACAUUGUUCUCAGUGUCUAAGAUAUUGACCUGAAAACCAUAUGCUCGCAGCCCUUGUGAUGGUGAUUGCCAAACAUUCUGAAAUACUGGGCCACAUAUGUUACAAAGCCAUGCAAUUCUAGCAUGUAAAUAACAUUUUAUUUAUAUAUUUAUUAUUCCCUUGCAUUACAAUACCAAUAGCUGUUCUCAACUUUGUUCUGUUCUAAGAAGCUCUGACUUCAAGCCGCAGCCAGUAGACAUUGGUGACCUAUUUCCUAUUCCAACUUUUGUUCUUGCCUUGACGCACUGUCUCUAUAAGUGUCUGGCCCACAUACAGGCACCAUGCAGUACACAGGACUAAAUCUCCCUGACUCAAAGACUGGAUACUCUCCAGCAGGAUGUCUUUGGGGCAGACUGUUCAGACUCUGCCAAGAUUCUUAGUAGCCUCUUAAGUUGUUGACCUGUGCCAAUGUUGCUUACAUCUAGAAGGAUUUGAAAGCAAGCACAGGAAAGAUAUUGACAAAAACACGUACUCUCUCCUCAUGUUGUUCGAUGUUCUUGCCCCUGUAGGACAACGGACUCUCCACCACAAAAGUGAUGUCCUAGAGACUGUGGUGUUAGUCAACCCAUCUGAGGAUACGGUUGCUUCAGAGGUGCGUUUCUAGAUUGAAAAUACAUUUAGGAAAAUCUGGUCUUGUGCUUCAUUUAGACCUAUCAAUCAUUAUAUGUAUUUUUAAACAUUAAUUGUCAUGAAGAUUUAGAAUCUCAUGCAUAAAAAUAAAAAAAUCCUGAAAGAAAACAAUUUUCUCUCACUGUGAUAUAAGUGGCAUACCAUAAUGGCUUAAUGAAAUUGUAAAACAUUUGAUUAAAUUCAGAGCUUAACCAAGUGUUUCCCAACUCCGGUCCUCCAGUACCUCCAACAGCACACGUUUUUGUUGUAGCCCCUGACAAGCACGCCGGAUUCAACUGUCAACUAAUCGUUAAGCCCUCAAUGAGUUGAAUCAGGUGAGUUUGUCCGGGGCUACAACAUAAAUGUGGUCCUCUGUAGCUCAGCUGGUAGAGCACGGCGCUUGUAACGCCAAGGUAAUGGGUUCGAUCCCCGGGACCACCCAUACACAAAAAUGUAUGCACGCAUGACUGUAAGUCGCUUUGGAUAAAAGCGUCUGCUAAAUGGCAUAUUAUUAUUAUUAUUAUUAUAAAUGUGUGCUGUUAGGGGUACUGGAGGACCGGAGUUGGGAACCACUGCCCUAACCCAUAUAAAAAUAUAAAAGUAAUAUUGUCUUUAUCCUGUGCUGUGUCCUAUAAUUAUCCUCUGUCUUGCUCUCUUCCCCAGAUCCAGUCUCUAGUCACAGACUCAGCAGGACACAAGCUCCUGGUCCUGAGUGGGCAGCACGCAGACCACGGUGACCUGCUUCUCCAAAGUGGGGUUUUCACCUAUCAGAGCUUCUCACGAGUCGUAGCUGAUCCUGGGGUAAGCUUUUACUGUUCAGAACAGCCUUUUCUGGCAUUGUUGACUCUAGUCUGUAGCACUGAAAAGCUUAUGUAAAAAAUAAAUAAAUGAAGAUUAGAUUACCAAUGAAAAAACAAAUCUUAAAUAUUACUCCCAUGAACUGGAAUUGUGGAUGAAAAUCAUAGCAGCAAUGUCAUUGAGCAAUUUUUAUACAUCAGCACUGACCUUGGGGCUUGUCUCUGUCUGUCAUUCUCCUGUAGGUCAGUGAUUUGCUGGGCGAAGCGGCCCCCGAGCAGCGGGCCACACUCACUGUAUCCUGCCGUGCGGAGGUGGGCUGGAGCUCCCUGGGGCAGCAGCAGUACUUACGGGAGUUCCUGGAGUACAGACUGAACCCUGAGCCUGUGCUCCCCAAGAUGGAGGGAGUCACAGAGUUCACAGAGUACAUCUCUGAGACAGUAGACGUGCCUUCGCCCUUUGACCUCCUGGAGCCGCCCACAUCUGGAGGCUUCCUGAAACUGUCCAGGCCCUGCUGCUAUGUCUUCCCCGGGGGGAGGGGCGACUCAGCCCUGUUUGCAGUCAACGGCUUCAACAUCCUAGUGGAUGGAGGCUCUGAAAGGAAAUCAUGCUUCUGGAAGCUGGUCAGACACUUGGACCGCAUCGACUCGAUUCUACUCACUCACAUCGGUGCAGACAAUCUGCCAGGCAUCAACGGGCUCCUUCAGAGGAAAAUAGCAGAGCAGGAGGAGGAGCAGUCACAAGGUUCCACCAGCUACAACGACUGGAUGAAGAACCUGAUCUCUCCAGAGCUUGGUGUGAUCUUCUUCAAUGUACCCGAGAAGCUACGUAUGCCAGAAUCAAACCUAAAGGUCAAGCGCAGCAUCGAGGAGGCCUCACUCACGUUGCAGUACCUCAACAAACUGGGAAUCAAGCCAGAGCCUCUCUGUAGACUGGUCAGCAACCCUAUUGAGCCCUUCACUCUUUUUCAUAAGAUGGGAGUGGGCAAGUUAGACAUGUAUGUUCUGAACCCCGUCAAGGACAGUAAGGAGAUGCAGUUUCUCAUGCAGAAGUGGGCGGGUAACAGCAAGGCCAAAACUGGCAUCGUGCUGCCCAAUGGAAAAGAGGGAGAAAUAUCCGUACCUUACCUGACAUCAGUUACAGCAUUAGUCGUCUGGCUUCCUGCCAAUCCUGCAGAAAAGAUUGUCAGAGUGCUGUUCCCUGGAAACGCACCACAAAACAAAAUCCUGGAGGGGCUAGAGAAAUUAAAGCACCUUGACUUCUUGCGAUACCCAGUAGCCACACAAAAAGACAUUGCCUCAGGAGCUCCACCCUCUGUUGUAAAACAGACAAAACUGAAGCAAAGGACAGACAGCAAAGAAAGUCUUAAAUCAUCUCCCAAGACUACCAAAGCCCCAAAGAAAGAAGCAGACGAUGAGGUUUCGGCAACCACAGAGGCAAAGAGUGACUCUGUAAAAGAAGAGAAGAAACUGAAAGAGAAUGAAAAACCCACAAAAAUACUAAAAUCCAAGACUGAUGGACCAGAAAAGAAAAAACUAUUGAAGGAGAAGUCCUUGAAAAAACACUCAAAGGAAUCCAAGAUGGCUGAGAACAAGGAAAAGAAAGAGAUCAAGAAAGUCAAGAAAGAUGACACAGCUAGAAAAGAAGAUAAAAAAGACUCCAAAGUUGAUAAGAAAAAGGACUCGUCCAAACCGGAGUUGAGAAAGAUAACAAAACCUGACCUAAAACCCCUAACACCAGAGGUCAGAAAGACCCUGCACAGGGCAAAAGCGUCAAGUAAACCCAAAACCGACAAAAGCAAAGUCAAAGCGGCCAAGGCAGAGCCUGCUGAACCCAAACCUGAGGAACUAGCAGCAGAUAUCAUUCAGCCUGAGCCACUACAGAAUGGGGCUGAUGAGGGCAUGUCUGCUUCCUCCACUCCAGAGGAUCGUACCAAGUUAAAACAAGAUGAGAUACGAUCAGAGCCACCAGAGAGUGCAGUGGAGAGACCAGCAGAGAAAAGCAUGUCCGGAUCCCCUACCCAGGAGGAGGAAAAAGAACAGGAAACUGUCUCUCAAACUCCACCGGGCACAAAGUCUCCUGAGAAGGGAGCAGCCACAGAAAUGGAAGUUGAGACUGAAUCUCAAAGCAAAGAGGACAAAUUAGCAAAAGAGCAUAAAGAAGGAUUACAAGCACAGGAUGUGGAUAUCUAUGAGGAUGAGGAUGAUGAAGAUGAAGAUGAUGAAGAGGAGGAAAAAGAAGGCCUGAUAGCAGAGAGGAAAACGGUAGAGGAAGAUAUGGGGAUAGGGGAGGAGGAAGAUGAUGCAAAAGAUAACGGACUAGACAGGAAACAUGAGGUGGAGGAAAUGGAGAAAGCUGAAAAGCCCACAGCUGUGGCGGUAACAAAAGAGGAAAGCGGAAAGCCCUCAUCCCAGGAGGAGGAAGAAGAUGAAGAUGUUGUUGAAAAGGCCGAGCUGGAAGAGGUAGAAGACUUAGACGUGAUAGCUGAUGAAGAGGUCAAAGACAAACCUGAAGCAGGAGAGAAAGAAACAUUGGCCAAGAACUGGGAAAGCAAAGCAGUGGAACAGACUGCUGGAGCCAAAGAGGAGGAUGAGGAAGAUGAGGAGGGCUACAUCUCAAAUGUGGGUGGGGCUACAGCUGACAUAGUAUCAACACUGCAAGGAGCUGCUGCAGCCGAGCCUAUCUCAUUCAUUCAAGACGAAACCAUUCCCGGCUACUCCGAAACUGAACAGACCAUCUCUGAUGAGGAGAUUCACGAGGAGGCUGAAGACAGGAUACCACACCUCCAAUACGAAGUGGGCGCAUAUGACAUCUCUGUCCCAGAUCAGACAGGCUCCUUUGACACCAUCCACGGGAUGAAGGAGAUGCAAGCAGCAGCUAUGGCUGAUGUAACAGCCAAAGGUUUCAUUAGUGGACAGGAGCAAGUAUCAGUAUUCACUAACAUCAUGUCUGCUCCCUUGGCUGAGGAGGAACUUGUUUCCUCAGCCACAUCCAUCACAGAGUAUGAUAAAUUGUCUUCCUUCCCUACCUCUAUUGCAGAGGACCAAUUGGUGACUUCCGUCACUACACCUCAGACUGAGGAAACGGACAAAAGCUCACUGCUUCACGAUACUAUUAACAGCGUUCCCCUGGCAAUUCCAACCGAGGCCACACAUGGGAAAGAACACUUCCACUCUGCUGGGACCAUCUCACCAACAUCUUCCUUGGAGGACGACAAGUGCUUGAAGUCACCUCCAUCCGAGGAGUGCCUGCCUGUUGUCUCUGAUGUGAAGACUGAGGAUAAGGUCAUCAAGGCUCACGAUGAAGAGGAAGAAGAUGAAGACCAAACUCCUAACAUUGACAUUUCACUUGGAAAACUCCAGGAGAGCUAUGCCUCUCCUCAAAUGCUCAAGGAUAGAGAAUGGGAUGUGGAAAAGCUCCCCGCCUCUGAGUCUCCUGUCUCCAAACCUGUUCAGGAUUUGAAGCUGGAUCACCCACCAGUUGAGGAGGAGGUACAGCUCUUUAAGUCCAAAGAAGACAUCUCAACGGCAGUGCCUUCAAAACCCCUUUCACCACCACCCUCUUUCUCAAAGCCAUUUAGGUCAGACUCAGUUACUUCGGAAGGUGAAGAGCGAUGCUUCAGUCCAGACGACAGCACUGUGAAAAUGGCCUCUCCCACACAGUCUGGACCUCCCAGUGCAACCCACUCUCCAACUCACUCUCCUCUUCAUCAGUCGCCUGUGGAAGAAAAGACCAAAGGCUUCCCAGGACUGGCGCAUCAAACACAGGAGGACGUUCAAGAUUCAGCCACCAAAACCGAUGAUGAGGAUGCAAAGAAAAAUCGCACGGAAAAGGAAGACAAAGAAGAUAAUCAUGAAGAACUAGAUGCUGACAUCCAGAAAGGAAAUCAACAUGAGUCAGACACACCACCAUCUGGGGAGGAAUCAUUUGAAAAAGACUUGCCGGUUACAAAAGUGGAAGAAAAAGAUGGUCUCUCCGCUUCCAAAGAUGAGAUCCAACAGAAACAGGUGACAGCUCCUCUUGCCUCUGAGUCAGUCACAAGGAAAGACGAAGCGUCCGUAUUAGGAAAGGGAUCUCUGACAGAAGACAUUUCUAGUGGUAAGGCUAUACUGAGACACAGUGAUGAGGAGGAUGAUGAUGACCAUCAACAGAAAGAAUCCAACGUGUGCAGUAAGGCUAAAUUCCCAAAGGAGAAGGAAAGUAGCUUCUUAGAUGAUGACGACGGUGAGGAUGAUGAUGAUACUUCUGAUGUAAAACCCAUAAAACUGGACAUGAAGGAGAAUGAGACUGAAAAACAUGACACACAUGAGGCUGAAACCACCAAGGAAGAGAAGAAAGAAACAGAAACAGUUGGUACUACUGAAGCUGAAACCACCAAAGAAGAGAAGAAAGAAACAGAAACAGUUGGUACUACUGAAGCUGAAACCACUAAGGAAGAGAAAAAAGAAACAGAAACAGUUGGUACUACUGAAGCUGAAACCACAGAGGAAGAGAAGAAAGUAACAGAAACAGUUGGGACUACUGAUGCUGAAACCAUCAAGGACGAGAAGAAACAAACAGAAACAGUUGGUACUACUGAAACUGAACCCAUCAAGGAAGAGAAGAAAGAAACAGAAACAGUUGGUACUACUGAAGCUGAACCCAUCAAGGAAGAGAAGAAAGUAACAGAAACAGUUGGUACUACUGAAGCUGAACCCAUCAAGGAAGAGAAGAAAGAAACAGAAACAGUUGGUACUACUGAAGCUGAACCCAUCAAGGAAGAGAAGAAAGAAACAGAAACAGUUGGUACAACUGAAGCUGAAACCACCAAGGAAGAGAUGAAAGAAACAGAAACAGUUGGGACUACUGAAGCUGAAACCACCGAGGAAGAGAAGAAAGAAACAGAAAAGGUUGGUACUACUGAAGCUGAACCCAUCAAGGAAGAGAAGAAAGUAACAGAAACAGUUGGGACUACUGAUGCUGAAACCAUCAAGGACGAGAAGAAACAAACAGAAACAGUUGGUACUACUGAAACUGAACCCAUCAAGGAAGAGAAGAAAGAAACAGAAACAGUUGGUACUACUGAAGCUGAACCCAUCAAGGAAGAGAAGAAAGUAACAGAAACAGUUGGUACUACUGAAGCUGAACCCAUCAAGGAAGAGAAGAAAGAAACAGAAACAGUUGGUACUACUGAAGCUGAACCCAUCAAGGAAGAGAAGAAAGAAACAGAAACAGUUGGUACUACUGAAGCUGAAACCACAGAGGAAGAGAAGAAAGAAACAGAAACAGUUGGUACAACUGAAGCUGAAACCACCAAGGAAGAGAUGAAAGAAACAGAAACAGUUGGGACUACUGAAGCUGAAACCACCGAGGAAGAGAAGAAAGAAACAGAAAAGGUUGGUACUACUGAAGCUGAACCCAUCAAGGAAGAGAAGAAAGUAACAGAAACAGUUGGGACUACUGAUGCUGAAACCAUCAAGGACGAGAAGAAACAAACAGAAACAGUUGGUACUACUGAAACUGAACCCAUCAAGGAAGAGAAGAAAGAAACAGAAACAGUUGGUACUACUGAAGCUGAACCCAUCAAGGAAGAGAAGAAAGUAACAGAAACAGUUGGUACUACUGAAGCUGAACCCAUCAAGGAAGAGAAGAAAGAAACAGAAACAGUUGGUACUACUGAAGCUGAACCCAUCAAGGAAGAGAAGAAAGUAACAGAAACAGUUGGGACUACCGAAGCUGAAACCAUCAAGGAAGAGAAGAAAGAAACAGAAACAGUUGGUACUACUGAAGCUGAACCCAUCAAGGAAGAGAAGAAAGUAACAGAAACAGUUGGUACUACUGAAGCUGAACCCAUCAAGGAAGAGAAGAAAGUAACAGAAACAGUUGGUACUACUGAAGCUGAACCCAUCAAGGAAGAGAAGAAAGAAACAGAAACAUUUGGUACUACUGAAGCUGAACCCAUCAAGGAAGAGAAGAAAGUAACAGAAACAGUUGGGACUACUGAAGGUGAAACCAUCAAGGAAGAGAAGAAAGAAACAGAAACAGUUGGUACUACUGAAGCUGAACCCAUCAAGGAAGAGAAGAAAGAAACAGUUGGGACUACUGAAGCUGAACCCAUCAAUGAAGAGAAGAAAGAAACAGAAACAGUUGGUACUACUGAAGCUGAACCCAUCAAGGAAGAGAAGAAAGUAACAGAAACAGUUGGUACUACUGAAGCUGAACCCAUCAAGGAAGAGAAGAAAGUAACAGAAACAGUUGGGACUACUGAAGCUGAACCCAUCAAGGAAGAGAAGAAAGAAACAGAAACAGUUGGUACUACUGAAGCUGAACCCAUCAAGGAAGAGAAGAAAGUAACAGAAACAGUUGGUACUACUGAAGCUGAACCCAUCAAGGAAGAGAAGAAAGUAACAGAAACAGUUGGUACUACUGAAGCUGAACCCAUCAAGGAAGAGAAGAAAGUAACAGAAACAGUUGGUACUACUGAAGCUGAACCCAUCAAGGAAGAGAAGAAAGAAACAGAAACAGUUGGUACUACUGAAGCUGAACCCAUCAAGGAAGAGAAGAAAGAAACAGAAACAGUUGGGACUACUGAAGCUGGGACUACUGAAGCUGAAACCAUCAAGGAAGAGAAAAAAGAAACAGAAAAGGUUGGUACUACUGAAGCUGAAACCACAGAGGAAGAGAAGAAAGUAACAGAAACAGUUGGUACUACUGAAGCUGAACCCAUCAAGGAAGAUAAAGAUUUGAAAGUGAAGGAAAAAUAUGAUAUUCAUGAAGCUGAACCCAUCAAGAAAGAUGAAGAUUUGAAAGUGAAGGAAAAAUAUGAUAUUCAUGAAGCUGAACCCAUCAAGAAAGAUGAAGAUUUGAAAGUGAAGGAAAAAGAUGAUAUUCAUGAAGCUGAACCCAUCAAGAAAGAUGAAGAUUUUAAAGUGAAGGAAAAAGAUGAUAUUCAUGAAGCUGAACCCAUCAAGAAAGAUGAAGAUUUUAAAGUGAAGGAAAAAGAUGAUAUGCAUGAAGCUGAACCCAUCAAGGAAGAUAAAGAUUUGAAAGUGAAGGAAAAAUAUGAUAUUCAUGAAGCUGAACCCAUCAAGGAAGAUAAAGAUUUGAAAGUGAAGGAAAAAUAUGAUAUUCAUGAAACUGAACCCAUCAAGGAAGAUAAAGAUUUGAAAGUGAAGGAAAAAUAUGAUAUUCAUGAAGCUGAACCCAUCAAGGAAGAUAAAGAUUUGAAAGUGAAGGAAAAAGGUGAUAUUCAUGAAGCUGAACCCAUCAAGGAAGAUAAAGAUUUGAAAGUGAAGGAAAAAUAUGAUAUUCAUGAAGCAGAACCCAUCAAGGAAGAUAAAGAUUUGAAAGUGAAGGAAAAAUAUGAUAUUCAUGAAGCUGAACCCAUCAAGGAAGAGAAGAAAGAAACAGAAACAGUUGGUACUACUGAAGCUGAACCCAUCAAGGAAGAGAAGAAAGAAACAGAAAAGGUUGGUACUACUGAAGCUGAACCCAUCAAGGAAGAGAAGAAAGAAACAGAAAAGGUUGGUACUACUGAAGCUGAAAAGGAGAAAGAGGAUAUUUGUGGGGCUGAGCUCAUCAAGGAGGAGAAGUGUGAACCUACGAAAGAAGAAAAACAGAAAGAAAUAGAGAGUAUAUUAACUUCUAAAGAUGAGCUAAGCUCUUGUAUCUCUACCUCUAAAGUGGAGACAGCCUCAGUCUCCACCACUACACAACAAAUAGUGCAAGAGAAAGAUACCUUUGUGGCUGAACCCAUGAAAGGUGAGACGAAAGAGAAGGAUGAUACUUGCAAGACUGAUGCCAUCGAGGAGCAAAAGAUUGAGAGAGAAUGUCCUCUUGUGUCUGAACCCAUGAAAGAUGAGACGAAAGAGAAAGAUACUUUUGACACUGAACCGACUAAAGAAGAGUACAGAGAGAAAGAGAAGGGUGAUACAUGCACGGCUGAAUCCACCCAGGGAGACAAUAAAGAAAAUGAUUUGUUUUUUGAGAUUGAAGUCAGUCAGGAAGACAAAAUGGAGAAAGAUGAUACUCAUGUGGCUGAAGUCAGUAAAGAACGGAAGAUGGAAAAUGAGCAAGAAAAAGAUGAUACUAGUGAUUUAGAAGACGUCAAAGAUGAGGAGAGAGAGAAAGAUAGAGAUGAAGCUGACAAAGUCAAAGAUGAGAAGAGCAAGGAAGAGACAGAAAAAUAUGAUUCUCAUGAGAUCGAACCUGCUAAAGAGGAGGAAGAGGAGGUGCCAGAGAAAUAUAUACGAGAGGCCUUACAGCGCACCACACUGACAAGAACAGUAGAGAAACUAGAGGUGACGUCUGCGACAAAGCUUGAGUCUACAUUUCAGGUUCAGUACUCAGACGGAGAUGAGGAUGAGGAGGAAGAGGAAGACGAAUCCAUUUGCAUGGCUGGUGCAGGCUCAAGACCUUUAUCGGUGGAACCUAGACAAUCAGAGCACAACGUCAUGUCUCAACAUCUGCUCUCAACUCAGCCAUCAGAAAAUGUGCUUAGUGACCAAACGAAGGACAGCCACUCUGAACAGACCACUGGGCUUGUGUCUUCAUUACCGAAACGGGAGGCCUCUCCUGAUAAAGACAUCAAAGAGCAGCAUAAAGAUCGACAACAUAGACUCUCCCCUGAACUAGAAAAGGACAACAGGACAACUGAGACCACAUCAAGACCGCAUCUCAGCCAAGAGCCCACCAUUGGUUUCCCUAUCUUGAAAGAGGAGCCAGUCUCUGCUAUCUCUACCACCAAAGAAGAACCAGUCUCAGACUCCAACACUACAGACAGCCAGGCUAUAGGUUCAACACUAUCAAGCACUGACAGCCAGGCUAUAGGUUCAACAAUAUCAAGCACUGACAGCCAGGCUAUGAGUUCCACUCUCUCUAGCACCGAUUGCCAGGCAGGUGUGGAGGAAUCCACCCAGCAUGAAACACUGCUGCCUUCUAUGACAACAAGCAAAGAAGCAUCUAAUACGGAUGUAAAGACAAAGCAUGUUUUUCAAAAAGGAGAGGAGAAACCAGGCAAGGAAGCUGAGAGGGAAUUGGAAACAGAGCGGGAAGUUGCUUCUCCAGGGCACACACACCCUUGUUCAUAUUUUCUCUUGGAUAAAGAUUCUGCUGAGUUUCCGGAGGAAGUGGGCGACAUUGACGCUACAAAAGCAGACAGUGCCUCCGAAAAAGUGGAAGGUUUUGAUAAAAUGACAACAGAGAAGGAGGCUAUCAGUGUGAGCUUGCAAGAACAAAAUCAGGGCUUUGGUAUGUCUAAGUAUGAACCCUAUGAAAAGCACAUUUCAAAAGAACAGGCAUCAGACUAUAAAGAAGACAGUGAGGUUUCUAUAGAGUUUGAUCGGUCAGCACAAAUUGGCAUUGAUGAUAAUAGGAGAGCACGGCAGGCAGAUGCUGCACUCUACUCAGAGGACGAGGAAAAAGAGGAAACGCUGUCAUUCAGCAGAGUUGAUUACACCCCACCCCCUUUCGCAGAGAGCGAGAGAAGCCCCAGUUGCAGCCCAAGUGCCUUCCCUGAACACAAUGACAAAGAGAAAGGUCAAGAGGAAGAGAGUGAUAGGAAGGAGGGACAAGCUAUGCCACAUGUGGAAAACAGAUUUGCAUAUUCAGAGACUCAAGACAACAAAACCACCCCUAAAGCUGAGCCAUGCUCAUUUGCGUUCAGUCUCAAAGAAGAGAAACCUGAAAAAGUUGAGAAAGACGAAAUGAAGGACGAUGCCUGGUCGGCCCCUCAAACAUCUACAGGAGAGACGGACAAGGCUGGAGCAUCUCCCAGUUUAGAGGAGUAUCUGCCGGUCCAGUCAGGCAGAAAGGAAACAGCCUCUCCCUCAUGGGGUCAAUCCAACCACAGUGCCCAAGCUACUGCAAUGCCUUUUGAAGACGUCCCUGAGAAGCAGACAACAGAGAAGGAAAAAGAUGAGCCAGUGAAAGACAAGUUGGAUUCAUCGGACAGUGAGAGAGGAGACUCUCCCUCUGGUCGCUACUCACCAGCGGAGAAAGACAUGUUACCUCAUCAAGCUUCGCCUAAGGAAAAGGACAAUCAGGCUACUGCUGCCCCCCUGGCCGCAUAUUCAGGACAUCUCAUAGACGAUAAUGUUCUUGCGUCGGAGUACACUCAAAUUGGCAGCUCUAUCACCAGUAAAUCUACAAUGGGCUAUUCUGAGAGAGAAGACACUCCGGACAGUGUAGAUAAGAGGCUACUGGUGGUGGGAGAGGAUUAUGAUGAUGAUGAUGAUGAUGAUGAGGAGGAUGGUGAAGAUGAGGAGGAAGAAGAAGAAGAAGCCAGUGAUGUAGAUGUGGAGAAGGGGGCGAGAGAGCAGUCUGAAAAAGAAAUCUGUAAAACUACAUCGGAUGAUACCACGCCUUCUAAACAUCUUGUUACAGAGGAAGAGGACAAGAAGGCCCUCUCACCCGAACCCAGCCUCCUCAAAAAGGAGGAACCUUCCCAUUCAAUUACCAAAAGCAGCCCUCCACUGGCAGAUACUGCAGAUUCCCUUUUGAAGAAUUUAGUUUGUGCCUCGCCACUCCAGUCUGGCAGUUCCACUGCGAUGGAACAAACAGGAUCUGGAGGAUAUCCUUCUGAAUCUUCAGAGUAUUCUGAGGACAGCCAGCUGGGGUUAAAGGGGGAGAGGUUUGACAGUCCUGACCUAUCUCUGCCCACCAAGUCCAGUGAAGAUAAACAUUACAGUCAGGGAGACAUUGAAGCUGAGAGGCACAGAACCCCAGAUACUGCUAGUAGAAAACCGGAGGAAGCUCCUUCGUCUUACCUCCCAUCUGCCUCAGCUUCUCUAUCAACCAGCCACCAGUUUCGAGAGGAGGUAGAGACUCCCGUCACAAUGUCUAGUGCCCCCUACAGGAUAGAUUCUGAGGGUGCUUCCGUCAAGUAUUCUUCUUUCAAAGAUGGAGACUCCUCAGUCAGGCACUCAAUCCUCUCAACCUCAGGGGUAAUGUUAAAGGAGGAGUACCUAGAAGCCUCUGAAAAGCUUACCUCAACAACUACAACUACAUUCAGUCUGAAACAAGUCUCUCCAGUCUUAGCUACUCCAGCCAAAGACACCAUUCAACAAGACACAUCAUCCAGCCCUGAAAUGUACAAGGGUCAGACCUCUGAUACCUUUUAUAAACUUGAGAGCAUUGUUGAAACCAAAACCAUAACGUCGUCUGCCGGGGCUUCAGAACCAUCAACCAUAUCCACUUCAAGGGCUCUCUUUGAUGUUUCCCCAUUGCAAAGAGCUGACUCUCCUGACAGAGAAUCCCAGGGCUCAGCGGGCAGCAAAGAGUCCUACACUUAUGAAAUGGAGGACAGUACUCUUCCAUGCCGCAUUGAAUGCCAGAAAUCUUCAGUGACAGAGCCAAAAGAAGGCAUGCUGUCCAUGACUGAGACACACAUGGUCACCAUCACCUCCAGUACAACCACAACAGUCACCCAAUCUGAUGUGGUGACAAAACCACAGGAGUCAACUGAAGCCUCUUCCAAUGGGCCUACUGAGGUUAGCACGAGUGCCCAAGAAGUCUUCGGUGGAGCUAGCAAAGCCUCUUGUGCCACAACGUCAGAUCUGCCUAAAUCAGAUCUGCCUAAAUCUGAUCUGCCUAAAUCAGAUCUGCCUAAAUCAGAUCAGAAAAAGGAGGAAGAAGAAGAGACAAAGAAUGAGAAAGAUAAGAUGGAAAUGAAAGAUGAGGAGAAGAAGGAGAGCAAGGUAGAGACCCUAAAGGAGGACAAGGAAAUGCCAGAUCAGAAGGAGGAGGAUGAGGAGAAAGAGAUGGAUGAGAAGGAGAAGGAGGAGGAGAAGAAGAAAGACAAGACUGAUGAGGAGAGUGAGAAAGAGAAGGAGAUGAAAGAGGGAGAGAAAGACGAAGUAGAGGAUAAAAAAGCAGAGAAACAGGUAGAGAAGACGGCCGAAAGGAGGAGGAGUAGCUUAUCUGACUGGGAACUCAUACAAGGUCCAGGCCCAAGCUCCCCUCCAGGAGACGACAAGGAAGAAGAUGAGGAAGCGUACGAAACAGAAGAAGCAGAAGAAGCAGAGGAAGAAUAUGGUCAAGAAGAAUGGCUAGCUCCAGGCCAGCCCAUCCGUCUGUCCACAGCAGAACAUGCCCACAAUACGGAGGCAUCUGCAAAAGCGGAUGGAGAAUCCAGUCGUCCCACUGACCUGCAUAUGGAGCCUACCUCCUCAUCCCCCCCUGGCUACUCCUCAUGUGACUACAAACACCGCAAAGGAGAGAUCUCCCCAUCCUUCAUCAACCCCAGUCCACACGCCCUCUCCAGCGAUGAUGACGAAGACGACAAAGAGGGUGAUGAAGAUGACCGCGAGCAACACUCGGUCAAGAGGAGGUCUCACAAGCAAAAGCGACAUCUCACUCAAAUUGGAGCUACUGGAGCUGGAGAGGGGUCGCAACCAGUUUCCAUGCCUCCUGGUGGCAUGGCAACUGGACUCGGGGUGAUGCUAGCUGGAGAGGAGACGCCCCCCACAUCAGUGAGCGACUCAUUAGCGUCACAGUCUGACUCGGACGUACCUCCAGAGACAGAGGAGUGCCCGUCGAUUACAGCAGAAGGAAACCUGGACUCAGACGAAGAUGCAGAACACCUGCCAGUGGAUAAACUAUCUGCCUCCGCCACAGGAGGGGGCCACCAACCCCCCUCGCCCAGAUCAGCUGCGAAGGUCCACGACCCCCCACCUGCCCCUAUGAAGGACCCCCUCCCCCACCCGCCUCACCCUGACGUGUGCAUGGUGGACCCAGAGGCCCUCCCUAACGACCAGAGCAGCACAGAGAAACUUCUCAAGAAGGACCACAAGACCACCAAGAGCCUGCGGAAGGGCCUGGGUAAGCCUAAGUCUGCGUCCCCAGCCCGGAAGGGGAAGAGGUCCAUCACCCCUGUGAAGCAGGCCUCCAAGGACUCCUCGCCUCGAUCAGCCUCUCUGAGGAGGAGGGACACGGAAAGGAGCUCCAGGCUGACGCAGAAGUCCGAGGGCCUGGGAUCCAGGGGGGACCUACACACUCCAGGGAAAGGCCUGGUGAAUGGCGUCAAGAGCAAUUUGGGUAAAAAUAAAGAAUGAUGAUAUGACUCCAUAUUCUGUAGUAGAGGAAACUUAAAAAACUUCAAAGAUGAUAGAAAUGUAAUGCCUUGUAACCUUACAUUUCAAAAAUCAUCCUCAAUGGCUUGAUGACACACACUUCCCCAUUCUAAUUUACCCUUGAUUUACAUAGACAUAGAUGUCUGAGUUUCCCCCCAGUCAAACAGGGGAAAUGUCAUUAGUCAUUCUGAAGUCAUUAGAGACUUCUACAGUUUUACAUUAUGGUCCUCCUCCUCCAGGUACCAACUCCCAGAAAUCUAGUUCAGCCGUCCCCCCUGGGCCUCCAAUCUAUGUGGACCUGGCCUACGUGCCCAACCACUGCAGUGCCAAGAACGUGGACCAGGAGUUCUUCAAGCGGGUGCGUGCUGCGUACUACGUGGUGAGCGGCAACGACCCGGCCGGUGGAGAGCCCAGUCGUGGGGUCCUGGAUGCCCUGCUGGAGGGCAAGGCCACAUGGGGCUCCAAUCUUCAGGUACUCUAUUUCUUUAUCUUAGUCUCUCUCUGUCUGCAUACAUGUGGUCUCUGCUGUUUUUCCACAUUGUUUGUUCAUUUUGUUUGACUUUUCUGUUUGACUUUUCUCCACAUUGUUAGUUAGUUUUGUUUGGACUUUUCUCCACAUUGUUAGUUUGUUUUGUUUGGACUUUUCUCCACAUUGUUAGUUAAUUAUGUUUGAGUUUUCUUCACAUUCUGUUUGACUUUUCUCCACAUUGUUAGUUCAUUUUGUUUACAGGUACUCUAUUUCUUUCUCUUAGUCUCUCUCUCUGUCUGCAUACAUGCGGUCUCUGCUGUUAAGUAAAUGUUGUAACUUUUUUUUCCACAUUGUUAGUUCAUUCUGUUGGACUUUUUUCCACAUUGUUAGUUCAUUUUGUUUGGACUUUUCUCCACAUUGUUAGUUAAUUAUGUUUGACUUUUCUUCACAGUCUGUUUGACUUUUCUCGACAUUGUUAGUUCAUUUUGUUUGACUUAUCUUCACAUUUCCAUUUAGCCUGUGCUUUCUCGCUGCGGAGACAUUCUGCACCACUGCUAAUCUCAGGAUCCAGAGGGAUAUAUUCAGAAUCACUGAUCUGAAUCACUUGUAAAAUGGAAAAUUGCACACUUGGUAGUGUAAACAGAUGCUUGAAAAUGCUUUAGACAAUGUAUGCCAUUGUUUACAGCCACUGAGACGGACAUCAUUAUUUGACCAUUCAGAUUGUAACAUUCACAAUGUAACUGUCAAUGUUGUUCUAGAGUCAUUUGCAUUCUGGCAGUUUUCAUAAUGACGAUGAUGUCCACUGAACAAGGAGUAUUUCUGUCUGUAAUGAAGCCCUUUUGUGGGGAAAAACUCAUUCUGAUUGGCUGGGCCUGGCUCCCCAGUGGGUGGGCCUAUGCCCUCCCAUGCCCACCCAUGGCUGCGCCCCUGCCCAGUCAUGUGAAAUCCAUAGAUUAGGGCCUAAUGCAUUUAUUUCAAUUGACUGAUUUCCUUCUAUGAACUGUAACUCAGUAAAAUCUUUGAAAUUGUUGCAUGUUUUUUCAGUAUUAUUAACAUUUCCUGUUGAGUAUUGCACAAUAUUCCCGGUUGGCAAAACUGGUCGCAAUAACAUCAGUAUGACAUAUUUUGUGACAUCAUGGUCAGGUUGUAUACUGGUUGUAAUAUGACAUUUUGAAAAACAUUAAGCAUCUGGCAAAACACGUCUUAAUCUGGUUGUAAUUUGACCAAAAUGUCUUACAAUUAUUUUCCUGGUUGGUUAUAAUCUGCUUACAUGAUGUAUUCUUACAUUUUAGUCAUUUAGCAGACGCUCUUAUCCAGAGACCAGAAAAAACUGUUCAUGACGUUAUGCUGCCUAAUUUUGACCGGCUGGGCUGAUUGCUUGAUCAAUGUAUUGGUGAAUUUUGACCUGAUACAUGUCCUCUCUCUCUAAAACAUAGGUGACUCUGAUCCCUACUCAUGACACGGCGGUGACGCGGGAUUGGUACCAGCAGACACACGAGAAACAGCAGGACCUGAACAUCAUGGUCCUGGCCAGCAGCAGCACGGUGGUCAUGCAGGACGAGUCCUUCCCUGCCUGCAAGAUUGAGUUCUAA